GAAAUUAAUUCAUCAUUAUCAUCAGCUCUUUCUAUUACCAUGGCAAGAGAGAUCAUCAAAUCUCCAACAUAUUUUCGUGGUGCAAAGGAUGAUGUUAUUGAAUGGUUAGAAAAAUUAGAACAACGAUUCAUAAUGGCUAACUGGAAUGAUGAACUUAAAUUACAAUAUAUAUCAAUUCAUUUACAAGAAGAUGCGUAUCGUUGGUGGAAUCAAUCAUCAGCAAAAAUUACGACUUGGUCACAUUUUGUUGAAGCAAUUAAACAAGCUUUCGGAUCAACCAAAAUGAAAGAAUUAACAUUUGAACAACUGCGAACAUAUAAACAAGCGAUUAAUCAAUCUAUUACACAAUAUUAUGAUAAAGUUAUCGAAUUAUGUAAAAGAGUUGAUACAUCAAUGACUGAUUCUAUGAAAUUACAAUAUUUAAUGGCAGGUGUUAAACAAUCAUUAAAAUUACAUAUUGCAUUAUACGAUCCACAAUCUCCUGAAACAUUUUUAUCUUAUGCUAGGAAACUAGAAGAUACAUUAUCAUUAACCAAUACAGAUUAUGAUUUGAAUCAAUAUGAUAAUCAUCAGAAUACAAGUUAUGAUCGUCAACCAACAGCAUCGACAAUUAAUCCUCCACAAGAUAUUGAUAAUCGUCACACUAAUGUUCAUCAACCACAAUUACAAACUUCUACAUCAGGUCGUAUGAAUAAUUCUCGUAAUAAUAAUGUUUCAUAUUCUAGUUCAUCAAGAAAUACGACGUCAAAAAGAUCAUCAGCAUCGAUUGAUGGUGUUGCUUCCAAGAAUCAAUAUGAAAACCCAUCACAAUAUAUUUCUUUUCCUUUAAUUUAUCUUAAUGCUUAUGUUUAUGAUCAACAAAUGAAAUUAAUGAUUGAUACUGGUGCUAAUCGAACUUUUAUCUCAAAGAAUGCAUUGAAUUCGAUUCGAAACAGCAGAAUUAUUAAUCGAAUUCAACGACAGGUGUUUUUAGCUGAUGGAUCUACAUCUAUUACUGUUUAUGGUGAGGUGGAUUUAUCAUUCGUUAUGAAUAAUGUUUACACAUCAAUUCGAGCACUUAUUGUGAAGAAUCUUUGUGUUAAUUGUAUACUUGGUAUGGAUUUUAUCAUUAAAUAUAAAUUAAUUAUCAAUACUGUUAAUCGAACAAUAUCGAUAGGUGUUAAGAAUUAUCGCUUGACUAUACCUAUUGAUAAUAGUGAAAAGAUUAUUUUUGAAACAACUCCAACAUCAAAACCAAUAUCAAUUGGAAUUUCAAUUAUGCAAACUAAAUUACUCGAUACACAUAUUGAUCGUUUGGUAGAACAUAUUAAUGAUCACGAUCAACAAUACCAAGUGAAACAAAUUCUCAUUCGUUAUGGCAAAUUAUUUGAUACGAAGAAAUCAACGAUUGCUUUCAAUGUUAAACCUCAUGAAAUAAAAACAAUUGAUCAUCCACCACCAACAUCAAAGGCUUAUUAUUCUACACCACAAAAACAAGAAGCCAUGCACAACAUUAUUCAAGAAUUAUUACAAUCUGGUCUUAUUCGUCAAUCUUAUUCUAAUUAUGCUGCUCCAGCAAUGUUAGUACCUAAGAAGGAUAAUACUUGGCGGAUGGUAGUUGAUUACAAGAAAUUGAACAGCAUCACUAUCAAAGAUAAUCAUCCUUUACCUAAUAUGGAACAAACGAUCCAAAUAUUAGGAGGAGGAUAUCAAUUCUUCUCUAAGUUGGACAUGAAAAGUGGUUUUUGGCAAAUUCCAAUUAUAGAAGAAGAUAGACACAAAACGGCAUUCAUUACUCCAGAUGGGCUAUAUGAAUGGAAUGUAUUACCUCAAGGUUUAAAGAAUAGCCCUCCAUCAUUUCAACGAGUAAUGUUAGAUAUAUUAUCUCCAUGCCGACAAUUCUCAUUGGUAUACAUUGAUGAUAUUGUGAUAUUUUCUCGCACCUAUGAAGAACAUGUUAAUCAUUUAACUCAAAUAUUAUCUAUUUUAUCCAAUCAUAAUUUACAAUUAAAUUUAUCCAAAUGUUUUGUACUACAUCGACAAAUAGAUUAUUUAUCACAUACUGUUUCACAGUUUGGAGUGAAACCUAACACAGAAAAGAUUCAAGUAAUGAUGAAUUUACGUGAACCUACAACAUUAGCAGCAGCUAAUAAAUUUAUUGGUGGUCUUUCUUGGUAUCGAAAAUUUAUACCUCAAUUUGCAUCUGUAGCAGCGCCAAUUAUCUCAGUAACGAACUUAACAAAACCAAAUCGAAAGAAAUUUGUAUGGGGACAUUCUCAACAUGAAGCAUUUCUUCGAUUGAAGCAAUUAUUAAUUAAUCAACCCUUAUUUCUUCAGUUCCCGAACGAUGAUUACCCGGUAAUUUUAACUACGGAUGCAUCUAAAGUUGGCAUUGGUGGUAUAUUACAACAAGUGAUUAAUGGUGAAACAAAAAAUUUAUAUUAUCAUUCUCAAAUUACUUCUCCCACCCAGAGGAGAUAUGAUCCAAUCGAGCUAGAAGCAUUGGCUAUAUGGGCAUGUUUUCAACGUAUGCGUUCAUAUUUAUUAGGAAGAUCAAUCAUCAUUUACACGGAUCAUUGUCCUUUAUGUAAUAUGAUGAAUAAGUCUGUGAAGAAUAGAAGAGUUGAUCGGAUCUCUAUGUUAUUACAAGAAUACAAUAUUGAAAAAAUUAUUCACAUUAAAGGACAACAGAAUUGUCUUGCUGAUUAUUUAUCUCGUAAUCCAAUACAAUCUGAACCUGAAGAAAUAUUUGAAGAAGACUAUGGUAUUCGUACACUAUUUAUUGAGGAACCGCCGGUUUCGGCGUCUGUUCCCGUUGAUAACUAUUCUGUUAUAGGUGCUGUUGUUACACGUUCAAUGAAGAAACAACUUGUUCAGCAAGAAUCUGAACUGGACAGAUCUUUAUUACCAUCGGAAAAAGAAUCAGAUUCAUCUUCAUUAGAACAAUUCAAGGAUUUAUCAUCUCAAUCACAAGUUAAUUCAUAUAUUUGUAAUCAAUUUGAUAUAAAACAAAUUAAAUUGGAACAAGCAAAAGAUCCUGUUAUUCAGGAAAAGGUUAAAGAAAUUCAACAAAAUCCUACACGUGGUUCAUUUGUUUUGCACGAAGGAUUAUUGUAUAAAUUGAUGCCGACGAAUUUACGAAGUAUUACAAAAAUUAAAUUAAUUUAUAUACCUGCAUCUAUGAUUAAUUCUCUUCUCAAGGCUUAUCAUUCAGACCCAUUAGCUGGACAUUUUGGAAUACGACGUACAUAUUACAAAUUAAAGAAUAAAUAUUGGUGGCCGGAUAUGAAACAAUCUAUUACUCAAUUUAUCAAGUCUUGUUUACCAUGCCAACAAUACAACGUUAGUCGAUCAAAAAGACCUGGUUUACUUUGUCCAAUUGAAACACCAACUGGACCUUUUCAGUUGAUUGGUAUUGAUUAUUGUGGACCAUUUAAACGUACUCCAAGAGAAAAUCAAUAUGUGUUAUGCAUCACUGAUUAUUUUACUCGAUGGAUCACUGCCAUUGCUUUACCUGACUGUACUGCUCAGACAACGGCUCAAACAAUUUUUAAUGAAUAUAUCUGUCGAUAUGGUGUGCCAGUAUCAAUUUUAACUGAUCAAGGCACACAUUUCAACAAUCAAUUAAUGGAAUCAAUGGCUCAAUUAAUUGGAUAUAAUCAUAUAUUAUCUACUGUUUACCAUCCACAAAGUAAUGGAAUGGUUGAACGUUUUAAUGCAACUUUUGUGCCCCAAUUGGCUAAACUUCAUGAUCGUGAGAACAACAAUUGGGAUGAAUAUUUACAAUCAGUGGUAUUUGCAUACAAUACAGGUAUCCAUGCAGCUACUCAACAUUCUCCAUUUCAAUUACAAUUUGGUCAUGAUGCACGUAUGCCUACAGAUACAACAUCAAAUUAUGUUUUUUACAAGCCAUCAGAUUAUUACAAUCAAUUAAAGAAAAGUCUUAAAAUUAUCCAACAAAAUGCUCAAAAACAAUCAAUUUAUUCUCAUAUGAUCAAUAAAAAAUAUUAUGAUAAAAAUCGAAGCAAUCCACAAUAUGAAAUUAAUGAUAAAGUUUUGAUUAGAAUUCAUGGUUCAAGAUCAAAAUUAGAUCCACGCUACUCAUUGACUCCAAAAAUUAUUAUUCAAAAACAACAUCCAACUUAUUACGUUCGAGAUCAAUUAAAUGAUCAAAUUACUCGUGUACAUGUGAAUGAUAUACGUCCGAUAUUAUUAUCAUAA